AUGCUGCAUUUUUUUUUCCAACGAGCCAUAAAUUCACCUAUUAAUCCGCUCACAGUAGGUAGCGGUAGUAAACUGACUGAGACAUACAAUAAGCUAAGAUCCGCUUUUGAAGGACAAGUUCCAACGAGUAUCGACCAUCAUCCAGAAGAGAUUCACUUUUGUGAGAAUUUAUUUGCUAAAUCUGUGCUGCAGCAGGGAGAAAAUCUGAUAUCUACUAAGCCUGAGAUGGCUUUUGGUUUAGCUGCAGUUACCGUAGCUUUGUGCAACGAUUUUCCGGACUUGAAUGAGCUUCUUUUGGCACAGUCACGGAUCAGCUGCCCUUAUCUAUGCCCAGUUCUGUUAGACCAAUCUGAAGGAGAAAGUCUUAAGGAUUACAAGAGAUCUUUGGGAUAUAAAUAUGUAGAUGGAGUCAUUGAAAAGGAGGAAUUUUAUCAAAACAGAAUGUCGGGGAUUAUCAAGUUAUAUGCGGCCAUUAUCGUUGCAAGAUUGAAGCGUAACGAAAAUCGCCGCCAUCCACAUGGUCUGGAGAAUGCUUGGCGCUUGUUAAAUGUCUUAAUGAAUUUCAAGCUUGUUCCAGAACAUGUGGAUCCCAUAGCAACGGUGAUCCACGGCAUUCUCCAAGUUUGUGGCUCGUCGAUGUUUGAGGAUAAGCCAUCCCAGCUAAAAAUUUUAAUUGAUAACAUUAAUGAAAAUUAUUUUCCAGAGCUGAAGAAGAACGGUGCAAGUCCAGGUCCAAUUGGUAGACUGGGAUUGAUUAUCGACCUUUUCUACAAGCAAGGCUGUUUUCCGGAGCCUGAAGGACAGCUGCCAAUUGAGUUCUGGUGA